CUCGCGUGACAGACCCUGCUAAUCGAGCGCCGGUGUUGCUGUCCGUCUCCGCAGCUGCUGUCCUUUCCUUCUGCUGCUAACACGAACUUGAAGCACCGGGAUGUUUUUAUCUUCUGCUGUUCGCUCUGCUGUUACGCAGGCGGCCAGGCAGGUCAGGGGUCUGCAUCGGUCUGCUGCGCGUGCUGGAGCUGGUGGCAUCUUUGUGCACAGAGACACGCCUGACAACAACCCCGACACUCCUUUCGAGUUCACGGCAGAGAACAAAAAGAGGAUUGAGGCAAUCCUGUCGAUGUAUCCCGAAGGACACAAGCAAGCGGCCACCAUCCCGGUCCUGGAUUUGGCCCAGAGGCAACACGGAUGGCUCCCCAUCGCUGCCAUGAACAAGGUUGCCGAGGUGCUGGAGAUCGCUCCGAUGCGAGUGUACGAGGUCGCGACAUUUUAUACCAUGUUUCUGCGUCAGCCUGUGGGAAAAUACUUCAUCCAGAUCUGCACAACAACCCCCUGCAUGCUCUGCAACUCCGACAGCAUUCUGGAGGCCAUCCAAAACAAGCUGGGUAUUAAGGUUGGAGAAACCACCCCAGACAAGAUGUUCACUCUGAUAGAGGUUGAAUGCCUGGGCGCCUGCGUGAACGCCCCUAUGGUCCAGAUAAACGACAACUAUUAUGAGGACCUCACACCGAAGGAUAUUGAGCAAAUUAUCGAUGAAUUGAAGGCAGGGCGAGUCCCACCACCCGGACCAAGGGGUGGGCGUUUCUCUUGUGAACCUGCAGGCGGAUUGACUUCCCUGACAGGACCGCCCACAGGACCAGGAUUCGGGGUCAGACCAGACCUGUAGACGUCUUUCCUGCCUGUUGUCAGUGGUACUCUGAGAAGGUUGCUGUUCUGUUUAAAUCGAAACAUUGUGUAAAUAAAAUGUUCAUAUACCUGUAA